AUGUUGUCCGCUCUUUUCCUCGCCAUCGCGGCCCCCGCGUUGGCACACGCAGCCGCUCCCCAAGAUGGCCUUAUUCGCUUCCCCCUCAAAGUUUCCACCGGCGCACCCGUCGUAAAAGGCGUUACCAAGCGCCAAAACGAGGUCGCUCUCGAGAGUCAGCAGAACGGUUUCUUCUACAGCAUUGACGUUGAGCUCGGUACGCCUGGGCAGAAAGUCACCGUCAAUCUGGACACUGGCUCGGCGGAGCUCUGGGUCAAUCCUGUUUGCGAAAAGGCGCAGCAGCCCUCAUUUUGCCAGUCAUUUGGUCAUUUUGGCGAGAGUAGUACUUGGGUUAACCUUAACACUACCGGCGGUGUCGUCUACGGCACUGGGUAUGCUUAUUGGAACUAUGGUUAUGAUCAUGUUGUCAUUGGAUCUGCCAAUAUUCGUAACCAGGUUUUCGGUGUCGCAUACGAUAGUUCCUUCACCAGCGUCGGUAUCAUGGGCGCUGCGCCCGAUCUGAAUGGUUGGGAUGCGCCGUACCCCCUCGUCAUUGACAGCAUGGUCCGCCAAGGCCUUAUCAAGAGUCGCGCAUUGAGUCUCGACAUUCGCACUCUCGAUAGCGAUCGCGGCGCCGUUAUCUUUGGUGGUCUCGACACCAAGAAGUACACCGGCCAUCUUGAGAAGCGUCCCAUCAUCCCCGCCGAGUCCUCCCCCGAUGGUCUCACCCGUUACUGGGUUCAUCUCGACGGUAUUAGCCUCACCCAAGACGACGGUUCCGAAGACGCAAUCUUCUCCCAGACAAACGGCCAGCCCGUUCUCCUCGACAGCGGAUACACCGUCAGCGCACUCCCCGGCCCCAUCUUCAACAAGAUCGUUGCCUCGUUCCCCACGGCCCAACGAACCCCCGGCGCUUACGUCGAUGUCGAUUGCUCCGUCGCCGAUCUCAAGGGCACCGUUGACUUCAAGUUCGGCAACACCAUCAUCAAGGUCCCCUACAAAGACUUCAUCUGGCACAACGACGAUCGCUGUGUUCUCGGUGUUUUCCAGGACGAUGAGUUCCCUGUUCUCGGCGACACCUUCCUCCGCGCUGCUUACGUCGUGUACGAUUGGGAUAACAGAAAUGUCUGGCUCGCUAACAACGAGGAUUGCGGUACGAACCUCGUCGCUAUCGGUACUGGUCCCAAUGCCGUGCCUGACUUGGUUGGUGAGUGCGGCUCCGACUCUACCACUACUUCUGGAGCUCCUACAUCCACCGAGACUGCUUCUGAGUCUGUUACCGAGUCUGUUUCUUCUGCCGAGACUACCCUUUCCUUCUCUACUACUCGUUACUCCAACACUACUCUCACAUCCACCAAGCCUGGAUCAACCUCUACUGGCGGAUCUGGCAACACUUAUGUUCUCCCUACUGCUUCCGCUCCCUCUACAACCAUCACUUCCACCGUCACAACCAGCAAGGUCUACACGGUCACUGCCUGCCCUCCCAGCGUCACCGAUUGUCCUGUCGGCCAUGUCACCACCGAGAUCAUCACCUCUCUCACAACAUACUGCCCCGGCUCCGACGCUACACCCGUUGCUCCUCAACCUACCAAGGCUCCCAUCAAGUCAACCCUCACAUCAACACGCGUGUACACCAUCACAUCCUGCCCCGGCCCCGGCUCCUGCAACAAGGGCGACGUCACCACCGAGAUCGUUCACAACACGCAGAUCAUCAACCCCGAGCAACCGACUGGCGUGUACACCAUCCCCGAAGCCAUCCAGUGCGGCGCUGGAAACUUUGGCUGCAAGGAGGCUACCACCAAGGGAUACCGUACCGUCACCAUCACAUCGGUCGUCAAGGCUCCCAAGCCUACUCCUGUUCCUGGCUACUGCACUACCUGCGGACCUCCUGGUUCCAACCAUCACAACAACGGUACUUUCACAGGUCACUACACCAAGCCUGGCUAUGAGCAACCCACCGAGGGCCACGCUACACAGGAUUACCCCGAGCCUACGGGUAGCGCCUCCAAGCCAACUGGCAACCCUCUUGAGGAGCUUCACACCUACAAGCCCACUCAUGUCUACGCGCAACCCCCCAACACCGUCGCAACCGUCAUCAAGCCAACAGGUACACCCAUCGACUCAACACCCUCUGAGCCAACGGGCACCAGCCCCGCGAUUGUCAACGGCGCGAGCGCGUGGAACGUUCCAGCUCUUGCGGCAUUCAUCGUCGGUGCUUUUGUUGCUGCUUUGUAA